GGUACACCCGUGUUUUGUAUACUGUACACUUUGUAUCGAGGCUAAGCAAGAAGUUUUAUCUCCCCUGAUGGUGCGCUUCAGUGAGGGAGGUUCUCGAAGCUUUGGCAAUGUUUUCCUUGGUUUUUGUUACAAUUCUGUUGACGCUAGUUUUGGGUACGCACUCUAAAACAGGACUUAUCAGAGUUGAGAAUGUCAUACCAGCAGUUGCUCAGGAUGUAACUGCACAGAUUUUCUGCAUGGAGUACAACAGCAUCUCUCAUGAACUUCCUGAUAACUAUAAAGAACAGCAUCCAUCUUCCCUGAUAAAUUUCAGUUCAGUGUUUGGUUGUAGUGGAGGCUUUCACAGUGACAUCUCUGGCAAAGUGGUGGCUGUUGCACGUGGAAAUUGCACAUUUUUUGAGAAAGCAGCUAACAUUCAGGAGCAUGGAGGGGUUGCAGCUCUCAUUGUUGACUACUCCAAUGAAACUUUUCAUACCACACCAGAAGGCAUUGGAAGCAGCAUUAAUAUUACAGUGGCCAUCAUCUCACAUGAGGACUUUGAUACAAUGAUGGCCAUUGGGGAUAACUUAACAGUGUGGCUGUAUGCACCUAAACCUCCAGUCUUUGAUCCCAAUGCAGUCAUAAUGUUUUUGUUGGCUGCUACUUGUGUCAUGCUAGGAAGUUAUUGGUCAGCUAGUGUCCAUCACGCAAGGUCAACAUGUCGCUUAGAGAAGAGGGAAGAAGAGGAAAAUAAAAUGGGGUUGGAGACACUAUCAAUGGGCACAGGGGUGAUCAUGAGUGUUGCGCUGGUCAUCUUUUUUUGCCUCAUCAUCACACUCCUAUACUUUUUCUAUGAUUACCUGGUGUACAUCAUCAUGGCAAUAUUUAGCUUUGCUGGAGUAAACGCUAUCUUUCAAACAUUCCUGCCUCUAUGGAAGAAGCUUAUUCCAUGGGAUUACAGAAUUCCUCGCAUUUCUUGCCUGUGUUUGACAUGCCUGAAGAAAAUGCCAGAAGUACGAGGUGUGGCAUUGCUAGCAGUUUCAACUAGCUUUGUUGUCACCUGGCUUUGUUUGCGUCAUGAGAGCUAUUCUUGGGUCCUGCAGGAUGUUAUAGGCAUCUGCUUUUGUCUCUACAUCAUGCGUGCACUCCUCAUGCCAAGUCUCAGAGCAUGUACAGUGCUGUUGGGACUGCUGUUUGUGUAUGAUAUUUUCUUUGUCUUCAUCACACCACUUUUCACAAAGAAUGGAGAGAGUGUGAUGAUCAAAGUAGCAACAGGUGGUGACAGCAAAACAGGGGAGCAGAUGCCAAUUGUCUUCAGAUUGCCCUACUUUCUGUCUUGGGAAAUGGCUCCCUGCUUUGCAGACAGAUAUUCCUUGCUAGGCUUCGGUGAUAUUAUUCUUCCUGGCCUGCUAAUCACCUACAACUGUACGUUUGACAUGAAAACUUACAGCACUGCCACACAUCGUUGCAGGCUUCUGUACUUCUUGGCCUCUUCUGCAGCCUAUGUGGUCGGGCUAGUGCUCACAGGGGUGGCAUUGUAUGGGAUGCAGUCUGGGCAGCCAGCACUUCUCUACCUUGUGCCCUGCACAUUAUUCACAACUGUAGUUAUUGCGCUGGUUCGUCAGGAACUGGGGCAUAUGUGGAGAGGCCACCAAGCAGAGUGUCCUAAGAAAGAUGAUGAUGCUCAGGCCUCAAAAAUUGUCCAUGCUAGUUCCGGUUCACAGGAUGAGGAGGAUGUUGCAACACCCGAAGAGAGUGAGCAUCAAAGUCUUCUUCAAUGAAAACUAUGUUAAAUCAAAGUCUCCUUCAGUGAAUCAUAAUCAUGUUACAUCAAAGUCUCCUUCAGCGAAUCAUGUUAUAUUUGUCUUUGUGCUUAUUUGCUGUGUUUUGAGCUUGUUUUGUCUUUUUGAGUUUCAAAUCUUUUAGCUAGCUUCUUUGUUCUCUAUGUCAGAGACACUUGCAUUCAGUAUAUUUACAUGUAUUCUUUUAAAAAAACAAAACAAACAUGUUUCAGCUACCCACCCCACCAUAAAAUAAUUUUUUGUUUAUUCCUUUCUUUUAGCUAAAACACAUGAAAUACCCAUAAAUAAAAUGCAGUUGUAAUAAGUCGUUAUCUUAACUGAGACUACAAGAAGUGGUUUUCAAAACCACACCCUCGCAUUAACUUUGGCCAGUUGCACAGUCAUCCACACAACCAUCCUGUCGGAUAACUAUUCAUUGUAUCUUUAUGAAUGUCUGAUACAUCUAUAUGAAAAUGAUUUCGAGAUUAUGCAUACAGUUAUUGCUUCAACAUUAACUUUACAAAAUAGAUCUAAAUCUGCCUUAAGUUUAGUACCAAAACUGACCAAACCUUUAUGCUGAAUCAUGAAGUAUACAGGAUGCAGAUAAUCCAUACAGGAAUGAAACUACUCUGCAUGUAAUUUCAAUAAUAAAUCCUUUACCACACGAACAGCUGAUGUUUAUAAUGUGGAUGUGGUAAGAAAAACUACACUCAAUAUACACUUGUUGGUAAGGGAAGGGGGGGGGCUUUUAGGAUUCCCUGUGCUGGCCAGGAUGGAGAUCAACCAGCAGAGUACAAUGCACAGAGCACUUGCCACUCCACAAAGAUAUGAAAUAUCUACUCAAGGAAAUUCCUAUAAAACUAGUUAAUCAUAUACGUAAGCAUGCACAUAUGAAGAGGGACCAAAAAAAGUUUUCUUUUACUGUGACAAACAUUGGGCCUGUUUUACUGCAUACUAUUUGUUACUUUUCCAAAAUUCCAUAAACCAUAACAUUUCUUACUGACAUUGUCAAAAAUGGUGAUAAGGUUACCUUGGAUAGGCAAGAAAAGGUCUGUUAUUUGAUUCCCCAAGCAUACACUCAGUGUCAACAUGUUAUCUCUGCCAAGACUUAUUUGAGAAUGCUCAGACUCGAAAGGUGCACGGUGAAGUCUUGUGAACAUUCUAAGCACCUGCAACGGUUUCAGGUACACUGCUGUAAAGUUCUCACACGAUGCAAUACACACUACCGUACACACAUCUAGGGGUGAUAACCCUGAUCUUUGCACUGUCUUCAUCUGCUCUUGCUGUCUGACGACUUUUAAUGUCUGUAUUUAAAAUGUGCACACUUGUUAUGUGACAUGAUACCAUAACACUCAUAAAGUAUUCAAAGUUUGCGACCUGCUGGAUGUAAAGGAAUGAUUGAUUUUGAUAUACAUCAUGAAAUGUUGAGUUUGGCAAUGUAUAUAGCUUAUUAUUAUAUGAUUCUUGGGUUAUAUUUUGGUUUUGAUCAUGUCACAUUGACUUCUUAUUUUGGUAUGUGCAGAUCACUAACAUAUCUUAAAUCAAAUUGUUUAGUGUUGGUUAUGGGAAAAUCACUGACAGCACAGAGAACAACUUUGAGCCUGUGGACAGGUCACCAACGCUCCUUAUAGUUUAAUAUGUUGAGGUUAACUUUUUAUGUUGCUGACUGCUAUUGUAUAGUUACACUUUGAAUGUUCAUUUCAUAAGUGUCAUAGCAGUUUUGUACCAAAACAGUGGCUAUUAACAAUGCACGUAACAAUCAGCAUUCAUAACAAUGACCAACUUAAUUAAUCCCAGUGGGCAGUUUAAACAUGGGAAAUGUGCUGUUAUUAUACAUAAAAGUUCAAUAAUACAACACAGGGAGUGCUGGUGCUCAAUGUACUUGGUAGAAUACUAUUAACAUUGUCAAUUCUAAUGCAAGGAAAAGCAAGUAAGACAAGUUUUGAUGUCCAUUAUGUCAGAAGGCAUUUGGUAAUAUAAACAUAUGGGAGUGUAGCUAUAAAGUGGUGGCAGGUUGCUGCCAGAAGGCAAAAAGGAGAAAUGCCCAGGCUACUCCGGUCCCUGGCCAGGCUGGAAUUGAGGUGUGCUUUAAAAUGUUUUUUUUUUUUGUGGCGUUCCUACAUAGCUGGCACUCCUUUCACAUAUUAUUCUCUAUAUUGUCACGUCAUAAGCUAAAGUAUGAAGAAAUAGUGGUUUUGAUUGUAAAAUUUCUUUUUCAAUGACAUGACAUUUCGUUCCCUCCUGUAUAUCUAGCAUGGGUCUUAUUCAUACAUUUUGGUUGAAAACCUGGAGCUGUUUUGUCUGGUCAGGCAAGGUAGAAUGGGAGGCAAAGUGGAUAAUUUAUGUGCUCUGUGGUCAUUAUCCAUUUUAAAAAAUUGACAUGAUUUUUUGAAAGGCACACUGACACCUGUACCUGCAAAGAAAAACUAAGAUGUUUUUAUUGAUAUGUAUAUUGAAACCAACGAGCCUGUCGCUUAGUGCCCAGGGCCCUGUCCUGGGCUAGACUCCCCACAGUACCCCAGCUGAGGUUUUGGGUCUUCAUGUCUGCCUCCACAGUUCGGCGCCAGGUGAUCUUGGGCCGACCUCGCUUGCGUUUUCCUUCUGGCGUCCAGUGGUGUCAACAGGAUGGUGGCCAUACUCUCCUGCCCGCACUGGGCAAGUAGUUCUUCGUUGGAGCCUGAUUGAAAACAUUCUGGCAUUUAACUUAAUUGUACAUUUUUACCAAUUAUUUUUACUGAAACUCUUAAUAAAGUUUAUUCUGUAUUUCUGCAGAAUAGACAAUAAAGAUUUAAUGAACUAAA